AUGAAGAACUACAACGGGAUGCCGAGUGAAAACCAAGAUCAAUCUGACAAAGAACCGUUCGUCGAAAUCGACCCCACGGGGCGAUAUGGGCGGUACAACGAGCUCCUAGGGUGCGGUGCAGUGAAGAAGGUGUACCGGGCGUUUGAUCAAGAAGAGGGCAUAGAGGUGGCAUGGAACCAAGUCAAGCUACGUAACUUCACCAAUGACCCUGCCAUGAUCGAACGGCUCUACGCCGAGGUUGGGUUGCUGAGAUCCCUGGCAGACAAGAACAUCAUUACCUUGUAUAAUGUGUGGCGGGACGCAGAGAAUAACACCCUCAAUUUCAUGACAGAAGUUUGUACAAAUGGGAAUCUGAGGGACUAUAGGAAGAAGCAUAAGCAUGUUUCAUUGAUAGCCUUGAAGAAGUGGUCCAAGCAGAUCUUGAAAGGGCUUGAGUAUUUGCAUACUCAUGAGCCUUGUGUUAUCCACAGAGAUCUCAAUUGCAGCAAUGUCUUUAUCAACGGGAAUAUUGGCCAGGUGAAGAUUGGUGAUUUGGGAUUGGCUGCAAUUGUGGGGAAAAACCAUUCAGCGCAUUCAGUGUUAGGGACCCCGGAAUUUAUGGCACCAGAGCUGUAUGAAGAGGACUACACUGAAAUGGUGGACAUAUACUCAUUUGGGAUGUGUGUGCUAGAGAUGGUGACCUUGGAAAUUCCCUAUAGUGAAUGCGACAAUGUUGCUAAAAUAUACAAAAAGGUAACCUCUGGGGUAAGACCCCAAUCCUUGAACAAGGUCAACGAUCCAGAGGUGAAGGCGUUUGUUGAGAAGUGCCUCGCCCAACCUAGAGCGAGGCCUUCUGCAACUGAACUUCUCAAUGAUCCAUUUUUUGAUGAAGUCGGAGAUGAUGAUAACAAAGAAAAUGUUUACUCAUGA